ACGCGGAAGUAGCCCUGUGCCCCCACUCACCAUCCUUCCUACUCCCCCUUCUCUUCCCCCCCUUCCCCUUUCUCCCUCUCAUCCUCCUCCUCUUCUUCCUCCUCCCCUUCCUCCUUCUCCCCCCUUCCUCUCUUCCCUCCCUCUAUCCCGCCCUUCUGUCCAGAGCCUACCCACAAUGCCUUGCAAACUGCAACGUAGCCGGAAGAUGGCGGCUGCAGUGUAUAUGUGAGGACCGCGGCCACCGAGGCUCCUCCAGAGACUCCUCGCCUCCUCGGGCUCCGGCGGCUUUGGAGGCUCCGACCCCCCCUGCCCCAGCCCUCAGUCCGGCGGAGCCCCCCUGCCGCCUUCGGUUCCUCCAGAAUCAUGGCAAGUCCGAGAACAAGGAAGGUUCUUAAAGAAGUCAGAGCACAAGAUGAAAACAAUGUCUGUUUUGAGUGUGGAGCAUUCAAUCCCCAGUGGGUGAGUGUGACCUAUGGGAUUUGGAUCUGCCUGGAAUGCUCAGGGAAACAUCGAGGCCUAGGAGUUCACCUCAGCUUUGUGCGCUCUGUUACCAUGGACAAAUGGAAGGACAUUGAGCUUGAGAAGAUGAAGGCUGGGGGAAAUGCCAGAUUUCGGGAAUUCCUGGAAUCCCAAGAUGAUUAUGAUCCUUGUUGGUCAAUGCAGGAGAAAUACAACAGCAAAGCUGCAGCUCUUUUUAGGGACAAGGUAGCUACAUUAGCUGAAGGAAAAGAAUGGUCACUUGAAACAUCUUCUGCUCAAAACUGGACUCCACCUCAGCCUAAAAUGGCUCUAUCCUCAGCUCACCGUACUUCUGGCCAAUCGCAAAAUACAGCUGCCUCUUCAGACAAAGCUUUUGAAGACUGGUUGAAUGAUGAUAUCAGCUCAUAUCAAGGAGGCCAAGAGAAUCGCUAUGUUGGGUUUGGUAACACAGUACCCCCUCAGAAAAAAGAUGACGACUUCCUCAAUAAUGCCAUGUCAUCACUGUAUUUGGGCUGGAGCAGUUUUACAACUGGAGCAAGCAAGUUUGCUUCCGCAGCUAAAGAAGGUGCUACAAAAUUUGGAUCCCAAGCAAGUCAAAAGUUUUGGGGCUACAAACAGCAACCAGAGCCGGCUUCAGAGUUAGGUCACAGUUUAAAUGAAAAUGUUCUCAAACCUGCACAGGAAAAGGUGAAAGAGGGAAAGAUUUUUGAUGACGUGUCCAGUGGGGUAUCUCAUUUGGCAACCAAGGUUCAGGGGGUUGGCAGUAAAGGAUGGAGAGAUGUCACAACCUUCUUUUCAGGAAAAACAGAUGAGCCCUCAGAGAGACCACCUGAGGGUGAUAGUUACCAGAACAGUGGAGGAGGACACUAUCAGAACAGUGCUAUAGAUCAGAAUUUCUGGGAAACUUUUGGAAACUCAGAUCUUCCCAAGACCCAUAAAUCACCUAGCAGUGACAGCUGGACAUAUGCAGACAAUUCCACAGAGAAGAAGAGCUCAGAUAGCUGGGAUAUCUGGGGCUCAGGAACAGUCUCCAACAACAAAAACAGUAAUAACAGCGACAGCUGGGAGAACUGGGAAACCAACUGGGAAAGUGCUGGAGGGGAGGGCAAAACUACUAAGGCCCCGAAGAAGGCAGCCAAAGCAGCAGCAUCCUCCGAAGAAGGGUGGGAUAACCAGAACUGGUAGACACAGCCUUGGCUGCUGGUGGAGAGAAAUCCCCUGAUGGUUACAGGUCAUCUUAUGCUUAAUCUUCAUUUCUCCUGAUGUCCGUUUUACCUGAGACAAAAUAAACCACGAAGCAAAGUGAGAUUCCUUAGGUGAUUCAGCACGGCCAUUACUCUCCAGUCAUCAAAGCUCUUUGCAGGCACCUGUGCUCUUCUGGGCCACUGUUUGAAGCCAGAUGACUUUCUUCAGGUGUCUUGCCCCAGAAACAUCCAGUUCAAAAGUGCAAGCACUUUCUUGUGGCCCUGUACUGCAUGUGCAAUUUUUCUAGAAUUUCUUGUGCAGCCUUCAUUCUAAUGAUGUAUUAGAGAGAGUCCAGGACAGGAUGAUUCGUCAAGGGGCAACAGAAGGAACUACAGUUCUUUGAAUGCAGAAUGAAAGACAUUCAUUGGAAUGACACUAAAUAAAACAUCUUCCUGAAUUGUUAGGACUGAAUGAAAUUAUGUGAAAUGUUUUUGAUCUUCUAUGAAAUGUCUUUUUAAAUUGAAAUGCCUUUUAAGUUUAAAGGGUUUUGAUUUUUUUUUUCAUUGUUCUCUAGAAAGAAUUCCUAGAGUUGGAAAGCUGAAAAAUACAGAAAGCAAUAUCAUGACAACACUGACCUUUGGCCAUCCUGCCAAAGGAUUUGGAUGUCCACAUAGUCACUAUUGCCUUUUCUCUGUUUGUCAACCAUUUCAGAUCUAUAUGCCCACUGUUCAAAUCCCUCAGGUUGAUAAUAUUUAUAAUGCAAAGCUUAACUUAAAACAUUAUUACAAAAGAAUACUCUUCUGCUAUUCCUUUUUAUCUUUCUACUCUAACUUGCUAACAUGAAUACUCUAAUUAGUAACUUUUUCCUUAGCAUUUCUCGCAGUAGCUGUUUUGAGGUCUCUUUACCACUGUCACAUCCCUGCAUUUGAACUUUAAAUCUGUGUUUAUACCAUAAAGGAAUGCAGCUGGGACAAUAUCAAAAUGAAAGGAGUGAAAAUAAGAAACCAUUAAAUAAAGUGGCAAACCACUUUGGAUCCAAAUGUAAAUGUUAUUUUUAAUCUCCAUUCUGGCUCUCCAAAUCUAGUUUUACUUUAUUUGUUGUAAAGCUAGUCAUUAGAAUAAUUUCUGCUUUCUUUUGCUUCCUACCUGCUUGCUCUGGGUUAUACCUAAGAAAAGGAUUCCGUUUUUAUUGUUUCAUGCUAGUGCUGUAGUUCAUCAGUGUAGUGAGCAUUAAAAUUUAAUUCUGACUAUGGUUAUAACAAAAUUGCCCAGAAGAAUAAUUUUAUAGGGAAAUGUACCAGAGAAGUGGAUUUUUACUGUUCCAAAUAUGUCACUGUGCUUUUCUCUAGGCAUCCUACAAAUUUUCUUUGCUGUUUCAGUGUUAAUAUAGCUUUUUUAAAAUAAGUUUUGGAGCUCACGUAAACCUCAAAUCAUGGUGCCAUGGAUGAAAAUCCUCCUCAGAAAAUGUGACACCCUUUUAAACCUUUGACUGACUUUCAUAGAACUUUUACACUCCCAAAAGGGGUGAUAUUUAUUAUCUACACAAGUUUGUUCAUGUUAACUCUUUGGUAUUGAAAAUUUUGGUCAAAAACCACAAAGAAGGAUUCCUUUUUUGGGGAGUGGGGGUGGGAGGGGCAUUCCUUUCAUAUCAUAAUUGUACUGGAUCUUGGUCACUUAGGCAGUGUCAGGUUUUGAAGAUGGAAAAAUCAUACUUUGCGUAUUUGAAAUUGAUGCCAUUGCUGUCACUACACCAUUUUCCCCUAUUUCAAAUUAACAUUUAACUCUGAUGUUUUGAUUUUGAUGUUUUAUUUUCUUUUAUUCUGCUAUCUUUCCUUUUAUAAGUGUCUUCUCUAUGUCUGCAGUUACCGAAUCUUCUAGUGAGCUAUUUUUGCUUGUCCAUAUGGGAGUUUUAUUUGGUUUAAAUAUACUAGUUUAACUGAAA